AUGGAACAAAAAUUAAUAGGAUUAACAUCAUUAUCAAAAAAAGCUUUACAAUUAGGAGAAAAUUUAUGUUCUAAAGCUGAUAAUUUGGUGAAAGAAUGUAAAGUUGACGUUAAAAAUAUUGAAAAAGUUUGUCCAAAGUUGAAAUUUCUUUGGGGGGAAUUAGAAGUUCAAAUUCAGUCAGUUGAAAAAUUGAAAAGUUUUGCAGAAAAUCAAAAUGGAAUUUUACAAAUAUUUUACUCGAAUAAGGAACAAGAAUUAACAAUUUUAAGUAACGAAUUGGAUAGUACAUUACAAAAUUUACGUAGUAAGCAAGUUGAUUCAUCGAUCAGAGAGAAUGCGAUUGCAUUGGAAAAAUCAACACGAGAAAAUACGCCACCAGGAAUAGGUGAUUUAUGCGGAGGGGAAAAAGGACUUGAAUUCGAUUUUAUUGAAAAGGAAGAGAAUAAAAUCGAGGAAAAGGCUACUUUAUAUGAUUAUGUUGAAGAACAUAGUAUACAAGAAUUAAAAGAUAAGACUCAAGAAGAAAUUUCAGCUGUCUUGCACUAUCAUAAUAAUAGUUCAACAUUGAUUGAACAAAUAAAAAAUCAUCAUUUACAAUUUAGUGAAAUGCUUGAGAAUCAUACUAUCUCUUUUGAAGAAUCUGUUUCAGAAUUUGCUCGUGGUAAAUGUAACGUAUUAGAUCAAGAAACUCACUCUAUGGCAGAUACUUUAGUUUCGUUAACGAGACAUUAUGGUCAAGUAGCGGCUGCUUUAAAAGCAUGUCGGUCGAAUGCUGAAGUUGGAUAUAAGUUAGAUAUUUCUGUUUUACAGGGAGAUACCGAUUUAAUACCAACAAUAAUUGAGGAACUACAAGAAAGUCUUCAAAAAAUUGAAUCUACAAGUGAGGAGGUUCGUAUUCGAAAUCAAAUUUAUCAAGUAUCUUAUGAUGAGGCCAUCAAACUGUUUAUGGAAUUGGAAAAUUUUGGGGCAUUGAUGGAAAAUUUUGCAAGCACGAUGAAAGUACUUGAACUUGAUUUUGAGAAAAGUUCUGCUACUGUAGAUCGUUACUUGGAAGAAUUACGCAAUUUAAAUUUAUGGUACGAAGAAUUCUCUAGAUCAUAUGAUUCUAUGAUUAUAGAGAUUGAUAGAAGAAAUAGGGUCAAAGAACAACAUGAAAGAAUUGCUGAAGAAUUUUUAAUAAAAUUGGAUGGAUUGUAUACUGAGGAGGAACAACAGAGAGAUUUAUUCUUCCAAGAUCACGGAAGAUAUAUACCCAUAGAUCUGUGUCCCCCUAUUCAGGAUCUUCCAAUUAGAUAUGAAAUAAUUCCUCAAAAUAAUUCACGUUUGCCAACAAUAUCACAUAAAUCGUUAACAGAAGCUCAAGAAAAUUUAUUAAAACAUUGA